GAGAGACCCCGACACAUACAACGACGAUUGCAAAUUUAAUGACGAUCAAUUAAGAAUUGACUGACUUAUUGGUGCCCUUGUAACCAACGACAAAAGAAGAGAGCGAUGCUUCGAAUUAGGGCGAAGCGAACACAAAGUGGACCAAUACACCUUUUCAUUGGUGACACUCGCGUUCAAAAUUUAUUUCUUCUCUGAAAACAAAAAAAAAAAAAAAAAAAAUUUAUUAGUGCGCGUAUUCAAAAACAAAUUCUAAACGUCGUCAUUAAAAAUAUUUUUUAUUUUUUUAAAAUUGGAUAAGAAAAAUGUCCAUUCGAAAUUAUAUUUUGAAAAAUUAUAAAUUGAAAAGUGAUUUUAUUGUCAUUUGUUUGAUUCAAUGAAGAAUUGUGUUUCUCCCGCCUUUUUUUGUGCCACGUUAUGGGUAGCAAAUGUUGCAAAUGUGCCAAGAAAACCCAUGCCGCUAAUUCCAACGAUGGAUCCAGAUACCGAUAUCGAGGGGAGCUGCCAAUUCCGUCUAAUCGUUAUCGAAUAGAACCACAGGGAAAUUUGGUUCAAUUAACAUUAAAAGAAACUAAACAAGAUGAUGCUGGACAUUAUUCACUUAUUGCAAAGAAAAUUACACAAAAUGGAAAUCAAAAUAAAUUUACAAGGCGAAUUCACUUGAGAGUUGACGAAUCAUCAUCUGGUUUCGAUGAAGGUGAUCUUCCUAUCUUUGUCCGACGAUUAAGUGAUCUAUCCGUCAAAGUUGGCACAAGAACGAGAUUUUUGGUUGAAAUACGAAGUCCCGCUACUCCAAAAGUAACGUGGCACAAAAAUGAUCAACUUAUUCAAGCAAAUACACGUUUUUCAUUUGUCAAUGAGGGAAAUUUUUAUUGCAUUGACGUUGCCCCGGUAACGGUUGACGAUGAAGGCCAUUGGACCUGUAUGGUGGAAAAUUAUUGCGGAAGAUCAUCAUGCUCAUCUCACUUGACAGUUAUUGUUCCAAAAGCCUAUAAAAAGCCAGAAUUUGUUGGGGAACUUCGAGCAAUAUUAACGGAAACUGGAACAGUUUCAUUGGAAUGUAAAGUUGUUGGGGUACCAACGCCAUUAUUAAAAUGGUUCAAGGACAAUAAGGAAAUAAAGGCUGGUGAUGUUUUUGCCCUAACGGCUAAUGUUGAUGAUCCAACAUCAUUGGGGACUUAUACUUGUGAGGCGACAAAUUGUAUGGGAACUGCCUUCUCUUCCUCAAAGGUUCACGUGGUUGGAAAAGGAAGUAGAGAAGGAUCAUUGAGGCCAGCAGAUACAUUGUCUCCUUCUGGACCACUUCCAAUUUUCAGACAAAUUCUUCAAGAUGAAUCUUGUAAAAUUGGUGAAUCCCUCUGUCUAUCUUGCAAAGUUGAAGUUCCACCAUGGCCAAAAGAGAUUACAUGGUACAAUAAAGAAGGAAAAGUGGAAGCAAGUGAAAGAUAUCACAUUCAGGCUGAUGGUCUAGGUGGAUAUUCGAUUGUAAUUAAUCCAGUUGAAGCAAUGGAUGAAGGAGAAUGGAAAUGUGUUGCAACGAGUUUCGAAAAUAUGAAACAGUUCACGACCUGUUAUGUCGCCAUGUCCAUCCCAAAAAAUUAUCGAAAGCCUCGUUUUAUGGAGAGCUUAAAGGCGAUUUUAACAGAAGAAGGAUUAGUGUCCUUUGAAUGUAAAGUUGUUGGAUUUCCCACACCUCUGUUGCAAUGGUUCAAAGAUGGACAAGAACUAAAGCCAGGGGAUGUUUAUCAGCUUACUGGUGCUAAUUCAUUAGGUUCUUAUUGUUGUAUCGCGAGAAAUUGUAUGGGUGAAGCUAAAAGCACUGCUGAAUUAACCGUCGAAGAUAUUCAAAAUCAAUUAAAUGAAGAAGAACGUCUACAACUUUUGAGUACAAAUCAACCACCCAAAUUCAUUAGAGGUCUUAGAAGUUGUGAAGCUAGAAUUUGUGAUAAUUUCCGAUUUACGGUCCAAGUGAGUCUUGCACCGGCGCCAAGCUUAUUUUGGUAUCGAGAUGAUUCCCAAGUUGAUGAAAAUGACAAGUACAAAAUAGAAAAAGAAUCUUUGGGAACGUGUCAUUUCGAUGUGCAACGACUUGAUUUUGUUGAUCAAGCCGAGUGGAAGUGCGUGGCGAGCAACGAUUACGGACACAGCGUAACAUCCUGUUUCCUGAAACUCAUCAUUCCAAAACAUUAUAAGCAACCAAAAUUCUUAGAGAAUCUCCGAGCUAUCCUAUCCGAAGAAGGCGCUGUUAAUCUCGAAUGUAAAGUAAUUGGUGUUCCUCAGCCAACUUUGAAAUGGUUCAAAGAUGGAGCUGAGCUCAAAGCUGGUGAUAUUCACAGAAUUAUAUCCGGACAAGAUGGCACCUGUUGUCUCGGUACAUACACAUGUGAAGCAUCAAAUUGCAUGGGAACUGUGAGCAGUUCAGCAUCACUGCUUGGUUUUGAAGAUCGUGUUGUCACUUCAACAGGAAAUGGUGAUGUUACAAGGCCAUUUUCAGCAUUCGAUCACGAACGUGAAUUAGCACACAAUCUAUCAUUGUCAACAAUUCAUGAAGAGAGAACAUCACAAUUGCACGAUACUGUUCAUACUGAUCAAUCAGUGACUGUUGAUGAUCGUGGUGAAGUGUCAUUUAGUUUCGAUGGCAAAGAAGUUUCCGUAAGCUUGUAUGAAACACCCGAUCUCACUGAGGAGGAAGCUAUUCAAAUUGUUGAAAUGUACGCUGAUCAAUUAUCGGAACAUGUCACUGAACAUAAUAUUAUUGAACUUCCACCAAUGAGAUUUAUGAAGGAGACAUCAAAUUCGGGUAAUCUCUUGAUGGAAGCAGUUGUUAUUGAUGUGUCACCGGAAUAUUUUGUCUCUGUUGAAGAAGGUGAUGAUCUUCGUACUGAAGCUGAUGUUGAAGAUAUGUCAAUGAUGGAUGAACAGGCUACUCAUUCUCUUUCACCAUCAUUUCCAGUUGAUGUCAGUUUUUCUGAAGGUGAUCGUCCACCAGUGAAACCACCAAGAAGAAAAUCGAGUGCAAAGAGCGAAAAGAGCGAUAGAAUGAUGAUUCAGUCGGAAAGUUAUCACAGUGCAAGGGAACCGAUAAAAUCAUUAUCGAUUGAGAAAAAGGAUAGUUUUGAGAUGGACAGUGAAGCGUUUACUGAUGCACUUUCAUCAGGCGACAGUAAAUUAAUGAAAUUCGAAAAAAAUGAUCAAGAAUCUUCAUUUGACAAUGGUAUCGUGAAAAAAUCAACAAAAAAGAAACGUUCAUUACUUGAGAAAACAUCAUCGGAGGAAUCAUCAAGAGAGGAAUUUAAGAAAACAAAAAGAAGUGAUUCUGCCGAUCCAAUUUUAACUGGAAAAUCUGAUGAUGAAUUGGAAAAAAAAUUGAAUAAUAAAGAAAUGCUAAAUAUGUUUCAACAAUUAUCCGAACCUACAUUAAUAAUACGAAAUGCAUUAAUUGAUUUUGAUUCUCUUUUACAAUUAGCUGAAAGCAGUGAUCAUGAACAGAAUUUAUUUAUUACUGAAAAUUUUGCAUUACCAAUUGAAAAUUUGUUUAAUCAAAUUAAUCAUAUUGAAGCGAAUGCUUUGAAAGAUGCAGGUAAACGAUCAAUGGCUCAAAAUGUUAGAAUUGCUGUUCUUGAAGCAAUGAGUGGUCCAACUGAAGAAUUACUACGUGGUAUUGAAGUAAUGAAACGAAGGGAAAAAUUAAAAGUCGAUCCUGUUAUUUUGGAACCAUUGGUGAAUCCAGUUGAUGAAAUAAUUGCAGGAUUGGCUAAAAUAGAAUAUGAAAUUUCCGGCUCUUCGAAACAUGAGAAACCAAUUAUUCUUGAACGUAUGAUGAGAACAAUUUCUUGGCUUGGACAUCGAAUUGAAGAAUCUGAUGCAUCGUCGAUUUUGUCGAAACCAUUGACGAUGAUUCAUAAAACAUUGGAAAAAUUCGUUGAUCAAAUUCCAUUGAAUCCGGUGAAUGGUACAUGGAAUGAGAAUAUUGAUGCUGUUCUUAUUGAAUCAUUAUGUUUACCUUUGGAAGAUUUGACUCGAAUUUCAGAAGAUAUUCUCAGUAGGGACAUCAAUAUGAAUCCUGAUGUUGCGAAACAAAUUGCAGAACCUUUUGAUGAAUUAUUGACUAGGCUUGAUGCUCUUGUUGUCGCAUUAGAGGGUUAUGAAACUGAUCAUCGUACGGAAUUUGUAUUGGCACUUAAAUCAUCAUUAGUUGGAGCUGCUGAGGAAUUAACAACGUUUACUGAAAGAACAACAACAUCAUUCGAAGAACCUGUAACACUACCUGAAGUGAUUUUAGAUCCAUUAAUUGAUGUUCAAUCAUCAGUCAAUACCAUUUUACGUGUUAUCGAUGAUCCACAUUCAGAAAAAGAGAAAGACAUUUCACAAGCUCUUGGUUCAUCGGAAUUGAUCAUGAGUUUAACGCAAUUACGACAAACAUUAUCAAAUGCUGCUCAUACAGCAACAACUCUAAAAGAAGAUGAAACAAUUAAUUCAUUGAUUGAUUUACGAGAACCUUUAUUCGAUUUACAAAUUGCUCUAUCAUCGGAAUUACUUUACGAAGAAAUUCCCAUUAUAAACAGUAUUAUUCCUCCUUUAAAUACAUUGAAGAAAAUUUUUUCAACUACUCUUAAUCAUGUAAAUGGAAUUGAAAUCACAAAUUCCAUUAGUCCAAUUUUAGAAACAUUGGAAGAAAUACAACAACAAGUUCCAAUGAUCAUUGAACAACUUAUUUCGAUGAAAAAUGAACCAUUUGAAAUUCCAUUAGAAGUCAAUAGAAGAAAAGAAUUGACAGAAAUUUUAGAAUCAUUGGAAAUUGCUUCACAAUUGAGUACAGUAUUUUUUGAUAUAUCAUCAAUAUUGGAACAACAAGAACGUAAAAUUGGCAAAACAUCAUUAAAUGAUUCCACAUUGGUUAUAAAAUUAGAGGAAGUGAGAGAAAGUUUAGGAUCAACAACUGUGGCACUUGGCAAUCUUCCAAUAAAAAUAGACCUAAAUGAUGAUGACAUAAUUAACGAGUUGGCACACUUAAGUGCACCGCUAAUAAAUCUUCAAAAGGAAUUAAAUAAAAAACACAAUUCAUUGGAAGAAGAAAUUUUAAAAGGAUUAAUAAAACCAAUUGGUGAGAUAAAAAAUAUAAUUGAAAGUCUUGCUGAAGGUAUUUCAAAACAGGAGCAAGUCAUGUUAAUUGUAGGAUUAUUGGGAGGUAUCGAAGAAAAUAUAAAAGAAUUACAGAAGAAGGUUAUUUUUGAAAGUACCAUUGAAGAGAUUGAAGAAAUUGAUUCCGAAAGGGGAGAAGAAUCAUUGAACUUCAGUAAAAUGGAACAUCAAAAAGUGAAUAAAAUUGAAGAUACUAAAACGUCAGAUGAAGAAAUAAAAGUAAUACAAAUAGGAAAAGAAGUUUUGGAAUUUGAUGAAGCUAAAUUUAGUGAAGCUGCGGAAAUUAAUGAAGCUAUAGAAAUUGAUAAAGCUGUAGAAGUUAAUAAAGUUAUUGAAGUUAAUAAAGACACAGGAGUCAAUGAAGCUAUACAACUUAAAGAAGUUGUUGGACUUGAAAAUAUUGAGGAACUUAAGGAAAUGAAGAGUAAUAUUUCUGAAGUUCAUCAGCAAGUAGCCAUUGAAGAAUCAAAAACUGACAAAGCAAAUGUAGAAGAGAUUCAAAAUAUUUUAAAAAUUGUAGAAAUUGAAGAAACUAAAGAAAUUACAGAAACGAUAAAGGAAACUAAUGAAUGUAAUAUAACAAAAGUUGAAGAAUCACCCAAAUUUUAUAGCGCUACUGAAGAAAUAGAAUUUGCUAAACAAGAGAAAGCAAACAUUGUUUUAGAAAAUUUGCCAGAAGCUAAAAAUGUUCAGCAAUUUAUUGAUUCAGCACGCCUAGAAGAGGCAACAAAUUUGAAAGGACCGGAAGUUUUACAAUCUUCAACAAUUAAUGAAGCUAAAACUGAAGACAUGGCAAACGAAUUAAAAGAACUAGAAGAAGAAUUUACAAUUAAAGAAAAAGAAGAAGAUUUCAAAUUAGUAUCUACUACUUCAACUGAAGGUCAAAAUAUUUAUAAUAUUGGAAAAAUUGAAGAUAUUUCACAAUUAAAAGAAGAAACAAAGAAUUUGGAAGAAAUAAAGCAAGAAAUGGAUAUAUUGAAUGAAGUAAAAACAUCUGAGACUCAAGAGAUUCAUAUUUCUGAUCAACCAAAAAUAUUUCAAAUGGGUGAUGCUGAUGAAAUUACACGUACUGAAGAACUUGAGAGUCUUGAUGAAGAUUCUAUUUCAAAACAAUAUGCAAAUAAAGUUCAAGAAAUACCAAAUACUCUUCAAAUAGCAGCAGAACAAACGGAGCAUUUUGAAGAUUCAUUGUUGUCUAGUUUAAAGGAUAGCAAAGAUAUUUUGAAUUUUAAAUUACAAGAAUCGGAAGAUUCGAUGAAAUUAGAAUCCAUAGCAAUUGGUGAUAUGUCUCAAGUUAUUCAAAAAGAAGAAAUGAAGGAAGUACGUGAAUUAGAUCAAGAUUCGGGAUUAAUUGACGAAUAUGAAACUAAAACUGAAAGAGGUUUGUGUUCGGAAAUUGUAUCCUUACAGGAAGCAAUUGAUGUUACAAAUGCUCCUCUUGUUUUGAAAAUGCCAAUUGAUGAAGAUAUUUCUUCAUUAUCUGAAGAAGUAAUGGGCAUUGAUAAGGAAACAAGAGAUGAAGUCCAAUUGACCGAGAUGAUUGAUAAUUUAGAAACAUAUGAAUCUUCGAAACCUCCAGAAGUAUUAAAAAUGGCAAAAAUAAACCAAGAAGAUAAUAAAUUGGAAGAAAGUGAAGAGAAGAAUAAAAUUGAUAAGGAAACGUUAUUGGAACGUUUGGAAGAAACUUUGGUACCUAUUGAACAGUCAAUUGUUUGUGAAGAAAAUGUACAAUCUGAAGAAUCUAAAAAACUUGAUGAAGCAACAAUGCUUAAAUCAGAAACAAUCGAAAUAGCUGAAGAUAUCAAGGAAUCAACAGAAUCUGGAGAAUUUGCUAAAACAUCUGCUACUGAAUCUCAAGAAGCUGAUACAGUAAAAGUUUCAGAAUCUCCUAAACUAUUUGGUGUUGCUGAAGAAAUAGAAUUUGCAAAACUAGAGGAAGUAAAUGUUCUUUCAGAAAAUUUACCAGAAGCUAAAGACGUUCAACAAAUUGUUGAUUCAUCAGCAAGUUUGGAAAAUGUAAAUUUAAAAAGACCAGAGGUUUUACAGUCUGCAAAUGAAGCUAUGACUGAAGAUAUAUCAAAAGAAUUAAAAGAAUUAGUAGAAUUAAAAGAAGAUAAUAAAGUGAUGUUUAAUGCUGAAGAGAAACAAGAGGAUAUUAAAUUAACUGCUCAUUCUGAAGCUCCGAAUGUAUAUAAUGCAGCAAAAAGUAAAGAUCUUUCACAAUUAGAAGAAGAAGAAGCGAUAAGUUUAGAGGAAAUGACAAUGGAAAAAUUAAACGAAAUAGAAUCAUCUGAAACUAAAGAAGUUCUACAAAUUUUCGAUCAACCAAAAGUGUUUCAAAUGGAAAAUGUUGAUGAAAUAUCAAAAACUGAAGAUCUAAAAAGUAUUGAUGAUGACAGUUUUUCUAAACAAUUUGCUCUUGAAAUUGAAGAAUCAGAAAAAAAUCUACAGAUAGGAGCAGAACAAUCGGAACAAUUUAAAGAUUCUCUUGCAGAAAAUUUAGAAAAUACAGAUUUUAAAGAAUUUAAUUUACAAGAAUCUAAAGAGCCUGAACAUACAGAAACUGUAACUCUAUUUGGUACGCCACAAAUUUUGCAAAAAGAAGAAAUAAACGAAAUGUCCGAAGCUGAUCAAACUGGAAUAAUUGAUGAGAUUGAAAAGGAAAGUGGAAAUAUUUUAGAAACAAAUUCCUUACACGAAACAUUUGAAAUUACUGGUACACCACUUGUUAUGCAAAUGGCAGCCGGUGAUGAUAUUUCUUCAUUAACAGAAGAAGUUGCAAGUAUGACAAGUGAGGGUAAGGAUGAUACAACUCUACAUGAAGUAAUUGAACAAACAGAUGUGUUUGAUAUAAUGGAGAAACCGGAAGUUGGAGAAGCCAAGAUUGAAGAAAGUUCAGAUGAAAAAUUAGAAGAAGCUUCAAUUGUCGGUGAAACACCUAAAAUUGAAUUAGAAACUAGCAUUCCAACAGUACCAAAAUUAGAAGAAGGUAAAGAAGAACCUGAAGAAGAACCUAAAGAAGAACCUAAAGAAGAACUUAAAGAAGAACCUAAGGAAGAACCUAAAGAAGAACUUAAAAAAGAACUUAAAGAAGAACCUAAAGCAGAAUCUAAAGAAGAACCUAAAGAAGAACCUAAAGAUGAACCUAAAGAAGAACCUGAAGCAGAAUCUAAAGAAGAAUCUAAAGAAGAACCUAAAGAAGAACUGAAAGAAGAACAUAAAGAAGAACUUAAAGCAGAACCUAAAGAAGAACCUAAAGCAGAAUUUAAAGAAGAACCUAAAGAAAAACCUAAAGCAGAACCUAAAGAAGAACCUAAAGAUGAACCUAAAGAAGAACUUAAAGAAGAACAUAAAGAAGAACUUAAAGCAGGACCUAAAGAAGAACCUAAAGCAGAAUCUAAAGAAGAACCUAAAGUAAUACCUAAAGAAGAACCUAAAGAAGAAGAAACAUUAAAACCUGCAAAGAAAGAGUUAAAAGAAAAUGAAGAAAGAGCAGAACCGUCCGAAGAGAAGAAGCAGCUUCAAAAAGAACUUAUCACUAAAUUAAGCAACAAUCUUAAUGAAGUCAAACAACAAAUGAUAAACAUUGUAGAGGAAUUUGAACAAAGACCGGUAACAACUCCAUCGUUAUCAGUUUCACAAUUGGCAACAGCCAUUGAAAUGUUAAGAAGAACAGUAUCAAAUAUUUCUUCAGUAGUGACAAAGUCUGCUGAAGAAAUGAAAAAUUCCAAAAUUGAAUCCACAUUUAAUGAUGAACAAUUGUUGAUUAAAUUAAUGGAGAUGCUAUAUCCAUUGGUAAAAAUUAGUGAAGCACUGUCAGCAACUCAAGAAUGUGGUGCACCCGAGUUGAUACUUUUGAAUAAGCUCAACAAUCCAAUUGAAAAUAUAAAACAAAAAAUUGUCAAUUUAAUGAUUGAAUUUAAUUCCAAAGAUGUUGAACAAACAUUGACUGCAACUACUCUAGCGCCAAUGAUUAAAAUUUUAGAAACAAUUGAAAAGAAAAUUCCUCUCGCUCUAAAUGAAGUGAAAUAUAAAUUGGAGAUUGUCAAUGUUUUACAUAAUGUUUUAAGACCAUUGGAUGUUGUUAGAGAGAGAAUGAAUGAUCUUGAUACGUCUGCUGAACGAACUUUAGAAACAGAUGUUGCAAAUAUUCUUGUGGGACCAACGAAUUAUUUUACACGAAUUCUUGGUGAUAUUGUGAAGAAAUUUGAAGUUUCUAAUCAUUCAGAUGAAUGUAUGCGAAAUGCAGUGUUGAAACUUCAUGGAUUGAUAGAACCACUUUUUGAAUUUCAUAGUACUUUAUCGAUGGUUCGUAGUAGUCGACGUAGUUCCGUGAUGGAAACGGAAUUACUGGAAAAGAGAAAGAAUGUCAUUCUUCGUUCGAUUGAAGGUUUAAAUGAUGCUUUGUCGGAAAUAAUUGUUGGAAUAGAAGGAGGAAAUGGAAAUGAUGAUAUUGAUGCUCUUUUUGAUUCUUUGAUUACAUUGAACGCAGCAAUGACAUCUGUUCAACGACAUGUUUGCAAAGCGGAGUACAGUCGAAGAGCCAGUUGCAUUGGAACACUUCAGACGAGAAUCACUUCAUCACUGGACCAAUUGUUGAAUACGGUUACAAAUCUUCAAACAAAUCUUGAUCAGGGAACGUUUGAUGUUAUAUCAAAUCCAUUAGAGACAUUACAAAAACAACUUCAAAUAGCUCAGACUCAAUUAAAUGAAACUUCUGAUCAACAUGUUGAUGAGGAAGCAAUUGUUGAAGGUUUUAUUUAUCCAGCUGAUAGACUUCUUUCAUCACUAAAUGUUUUGCGAGAAAAUCAACAAAAUGAAAAAUGUGAAGUAACAAAAAAUUCUUUAUGUUUGUUGAAAUUUUUACAGGAAGCUGUGUCACAAUUUGAAUCAUCGUUAACGACAUUGCACAAAGAUCUCAUUGAUGAUAGGGAAAGUCAACAGUUAUCAAAUAUUGAAACUUUGGGAGCUGUAUUGGUACCUUUGAAGAAUAUACGAGAGACAAUUGGAUUUAUUAUUAGAGAAAGUGGACAGAAUAUUGAACAAGAGGAAAUAAAAAGUACAAAAAAUGUCAAAAAUGAAGAUAAUGAUCAGAAGGCAGAAGAUGUUUCGAAAGAAAAGACUGAUGGAGUUCCAACUGUAUUUACAACUGUUGAAACUAUUAUUGAUGAAUGUAUUGAAAUAUCGAAUUUACAAACUGAGGCUUUGUUGGAAGUUGCGAGAGCUAUUCCAAAAUCGGAAGUAUCAGAGAAUCAAUUGACUGUUGUAAAGGAACAAACAGCUACACUUCAUGAUGAGGAAAAGGCAAAAUUAGAAGAAGAAGAAGAAAAAAUAAUUCUACUUAACGAAGCUAUGAUACUGGAAACUGAUAUUUCAGAACCAUCAUCAUCAUCAGUGCAACAGUUAGAUAGAAAAGAGAGUCUUGUUGCAUUUUGGUCUCUAAUGGAUGGACCAUUAAAUGCCCUGAAGGAAUCAAUAGCUACCAUUAUUGAUGAGCAGAUAAAUUUAGAAGAAACUGCGAAUAUUGAUGAGGCAAAUGUUGAAAAUGAAAAUAUAUUACAUUUUGAGGUUGUUCAGCAAUUAACGGAAUUACAGUCAUCAAUAGCGGCAAUUCAGCAAUUAACUCUAUCAGAAGAAGAUAAUUCUAAAGAAAUUACAUGGCAGGAAGAGAGUUUUCCAGCAUUGCAAAAUUUAGCAAAAGCUUUAGAGAAAUUGGGUGAACAUUUACCAGCUAUGGAAAUACAACAGGCAGUCGAAAUUGAAGCUUCAUCUGGUAUGGAAGAAGAUACUUUAACAGCAGAUAAAUUAAAGGUAUUAGUUGAACCUCUUCAGGAAUUGAGAGAAUCUCUUGCUCUUUUAGUGGAAGAUAAUGUAUUUCUUGAACAGGAAUCAGAUAACAUAUUGGAUGAAUUAUCACCUAUGAAGCAAGAAGCUGUAGAAAAAAUUGUUAUAGAAGAUAAAAAAAAAUUAAUGUCUGAGGAUAAUAUAUUGCAUUGUGAAGUGCAAGAGAGUAUUGUAGAUAGUAAUAAAGAUCAUGAAAAAGAAGAAGAAUUCGAGUCACAUGACAAAGAAAAGAGGAAACAAGUAAAAGAAGAGGAGAAUUUAAGGCAGCAGGCUGAACAAAAAUUGAUGAAAGAAAAGGAAGAAAAAUCAAAGGAAGAGGUUUUCAGCAAAACAGAUCAAGAAGAUGAAUCCAUUAGAAAUGACGAAGAAGUAUUGAAACAAGAAGCAGAAUUGAUAAAGAAAGAAGACGAAGAUUUCAAACAAACUGAUAAGAAAGAGGAAAUGAAAGAUGAGAUUAAAUUGAUAAAGAAAAAUGAAGAGGAACAAUUAAAGAAAGAGGAACAUAGUCAUAAUCAAGAAAAAACAAAAGACGGUGAUAAGAAAAUAAAAGUUCAGGAGGAGCUGAAAAAAGUAGAAGACGAAAAUAUAGAAAAAGAAGAUGAGAAAUAUUUACAAAAAGAAAAAGAACUAGAAAGUAAAGAAGAGGAUCAACUAAAAUGCGAGAAAGAGGAAAAAGAACGUUUACAUGGAGAACAAAAAGAAGAGCAUAUAAAACAGAAAGAAGAAAUAAAGGAGAAAGAGGAAUGUUUGAAGAAAGAUGAGGAAAAGAAACGACUGGAGGAAGAAGAGCAACAUGAACGUGUGGUAGAAAAAAAGAAGAAAGAGGAGGAAGAAUGUUUGAAGAAAGAAUUAGAAGAACAAAACCAAAAAGAGGAAGAACAACGUUUAAAGCAGGAAGUAGAAGAAAAUAAGCAAGAGAAAGAACGAUUGAAAAAAGAAAAAGAUGAACAAUUAAAGAAAAAUCAAGAGGAGGAAGAACGUAUAAAAGAAGAAUCAGAAAAGGAAAAGAAAGAUGAAGAAAAACGUUUAAAGAAAGAAAAAGAAGAACAAAUUAAACAUGAGGCUGAGAAGAAGAAAAAAAAAGAAGAGGAGCGUUUGAAAGAAGAAGAACUAGAACAAAAAAAGGAAGAAGAACGUGUAAAACAAGAAGAAACCAAAAAGAAAGAAGAAGAGGUACGAUUAAAGAAAGAAAAAGAAGAGCAGGCACGGAUAAAAGAAGAAGAGGAAAUAAAAAGGUAUGAGGAAGAGGAGCGUUUAAAAAGAGAACAAGAAGAGGUUGAACGUAAAAAAGGAGAAGAGCGUACAAAACAGGAAGAAGAAGAACGUUUAAAGAAAGAAAAAGAGGAGCAUCAACGUAUAAUUGAAGAAGAGAGACUAAAGCAGGAAGAAGAAGAUAAGGAGAAAGAACCUCUAAAGAAAGAAAAAGAAGAACAGGAACGGAAAAAGAAAGAGGAAGAAAUAAAACGCCAAGAGGAAGAACGUUUAAAGAAAGAACAGAAAGAAGAAGAAGAAAUUAAACGUCGUGAGGAAGAGAAACGAAUAAAGGAAGAGAAAGAAGAACAGAGGCAUAAGGAAGAAGAAGAUGAAUUAAAACAUCGUGAGGAUGAAGAACGUUUGAAAAAAGAGCAAGAAGAACAGAAACGCAUAGAAGAAGAAGUACAAAAACAACGCGAGGAUGAGCAAAGAAAAAAAGAAGCCGAGGAACGUUUGAAGAAAGAACAAGAAGAAGAGGAACGUAAAGAAGAAGAACGUAUUAAACUUGAGACCGAAAAGAAAAAAAAAGAAGAAGAGGAGCGUUUAAUGAAAGAGAAAGAGGAACAAAUUCAACGGGAGGCUGAGAAGAAAAAGAAAGAAGAUGAGGAACGUUUGAAGAAGGAACAAGAAGAACUAGAGCGUAAGAAGAAUGAAGAACGUUUAAAAGAAGAAGCAGAAAUAAAAAAGAAAGAAGAAGAACGUAUAAAGAAAGAAAAUGAGGAACGUUUAAAGAAAGAACAAGAAGAACUAGAGCGUAAAAAGGAAGAGGAACGUUUAAAGCAAGAAGAAGAAACAAAAAAGAAAGAAGAAGAACAUCUACAGAAAGAAAAAGAAGAAAUGGAGGCUGAGAAGAAAAAGAAAGAAGAUGAGGAACGAUUAAGGAUAGAACAAGCAGAAAUGAAAAAGAAAGAAGAAGAGCGUUUAAUGGAAGAAAAAGAAGAACAGGAACGUAGGGAAAAAGAACAAAUUAAACUCGAGACAGAGAAGAAAGAGAAAGAAGAAGAGGAGCGUUUAAAGAAAGAGAAAGAGGAACAAAAUCAACGCGAGGUAGAGGAAAAGAAAAAGGAAGAUGAGGAACGUUUGAAGAAAGAAGAAGAACGUCUAAAGAAAGAAAAAGAAGAACUGGAGGCUGAGGAGAAAAAGAAAGAAGAUGAGGAACGUUUAAGAAAAGAACAAGAAGAAAUGAAAAAGAAAGAAGAAGAACGUUUAAAGGAAGAAAAAGAAGAACAAGAACGUAAGGAAAAAGAAGAAGAAAUUCAACGAGAGGCUGAGAAGAGACAAAAAGAAGAUGAAGAACGUUUAAAGAAAGAACAAGACGAAUUGGAGCGUAAAAUGGAAAAGGAACGUUUGAAAAAAGAAAGAGAAGAGCAGGAGCGUAAAAUUGAAGAAGAGCGUUUACAACAAGAGAAUGAAAACAAAAAGAAAGAAGAAGCGGAGCGUUUAGAGAAAGAACGAGAAGAACUAGAACGUAAAAAGGAAGAAGAACGUUUCAAACAAGAAGCAGAAAUUAAAAAGAAACAGGAAGAAGAACGUUUAAGGAAAGAACAAGAAGAAAUGAAAAUGAAAGAGGAAGAACGUUUAAAACUAGAAGAAGAGAACAGGAAGAAAGAAGAAGAACGUCUAAAGAAAGAAAAAGAAGAUGAAAUUAAACGUGAGGCUGAGAAGAAAAAAAAGGAAGAAGAGGAGCGUUUGAAAAAAGAAGAAGAAGAACUAGAACGUAAAAAGGAAGAAGAACGUUUAAAGAAAGAAAAAGAGGAGCAGAGACGCAAGGAAAAAGAAGAAGAAUUUAAACGUGAGGCUGAGAAGAAGGAAAAGGAAGAAGAGGAGCGUUUGAAAAAAGAAGAAGAAGAACUACAACGUAAAAAGGAAGAAGAACGGUUAAAAGAAGAAGAAAACAAAAAGAAAGAGGAAGUGGAACGUUUAAAGAAAGAAAAAGAGGAGCAGGCACGCAAGGAAAAAGAAGAAGAAAUUAAACGCGAGGCUGAGAAGAAGCAAAAAGAAGAAGAGAAACGUUUGAAGAAAGAACAAAAAGAAUUAGAACGUAAAAAGGAAGAAGAACGGUUAAAAGAAAAAGAAAACAAAAAGAAAGAGGAAGAGGAACGUUUAAAGAAAGAAAAAGAGGAGCAGGCACGCAAGGAAAAAGAAGAAGAAAUUAAACGCGAGGCUGAGAAGAAGCAAAAAGAAGAAGAGAAACGUUUGAAGAAAGAACAAAAAGAAUUAGAACGUAAAAAGGAAGAAGAACGGUUAAAAGAAAAAGAAAACAAAAAGAAAGAGGAAGAGGAACGUUUAAAGAAAGAAAAAGAAGAGCAGGCACUCAAGGAGAAAGAAGAACGUUUAAGACUAGAAGAAGAAAAUAAGAAGCAAGAAGAAGACCGUCUAAAGAAAGAAAAAGAAGAAGAAAUUCAACGCCAGGCUGAGAAAAAACAAAAGGAAGAGGGGGAACGUUUAAAGAAAGAACGAGAAGAACAAGAACGUUUAAAACAAGAAGCAGAAAAUAAAAAAGAAGAAGAACGUCUGAGGAUAGAAAAAGAAGAGCAGGAACGUACAGAAAAAGAAGAGCGAAUUAAACACGACGUUAAGAAAAAGAAGAAGGAAGAAGAAAAGGAACGUUUAAAGAAAGAAAAAGAAGAGCAGGAUCGUAAAAAUGAAGAAGAGCGUUUGCAGCUGGAAGCAGAAAAUGUGAAGCACGAGGAGGAAAGUUUAAUAAAAGAAAAAGAAGAAAAACAGCUAGAAAAAGAAUCAGAGAAAAAAUCACAAGAGGAAGGAGAACUCUCUAAGAAAGAUAAAGUAGAACGCAAUGAUGAAAAACAACAGGAGUGUGCUACUAAAAAUAAAAAGAAAGUUCAGAAAGAAGAUUUGAAAAAUGGUAAAGAACAGGAAUGUAAAGAAGAAGCAGCUGAAGAGAAGGAUCAAUCGAAAGUUGAAGAACCAAAAAAAGUCAAACGUAAAAAAUCCUUGAAACAAUCGAAAAUUGAAACUAACAGUAAGGUUGAAGGAGAAUCACUAAAAACGGAAAACAGUGAACAAAAUGGAUCGCAAGUGUUGAUUAAAUCAAAAACUGAUAAGGAUUCUGAAAUUUCAAAUGUUACGGACACUGAAAAAUCUAAACAAAAAUUAAGACGGCAUUCAAAACAACUUGAUCAGGAAAAGGAAGUGAUUUCUUCGAAAAAAGUCGAGAAAUCUCAAACGGAAAAUGGAUCAGAAUCAAAAACAUCCAAAAUUUCAACAAAAGAUAUUCGUCGAAGAAGUAGCAUUAAAUCUUCAUCAUUUGUUGAUGAUUCUCAAGAUUCCGGAAGCAGAAAACAAAAACUUGAUAAAUCUAAAGGAACAGAUGAUUAUGAAUCAAAACGUUUAUUCGAGUACAAAUCUGAUGAUUCUUCCUUGUUAACUUUAAGUCAAGAACAUAAAUCCAGUGUUAGAGAUAGGAUCAGAAAAGAGACUGAAAGUUAUUCAAAAGCUGAUAUUACUGAUUCUUCAGUUACAAAUACAGAAUAUUCAUCGAAAAUAACUUCAAGAAAAAGUAGAGAAGAUUAUUUAACACCAUUAGAAAGUAGUCAUCAACGAAAUAAAUCUUACGAUAGAGAACUUUCAAGAUCAUCAAAAUAUUAUGAAUCAUCAGUCAGUUCUUCGACAUCAUUUUUAAGACCCACUGAACGUUCAAUGUAUCUUUCUCCCACUAUUCAUUAUUCCAGAAGAAGACCAGGUAGCAUAAGUCCUAGUCUAAUUCCAGAAAUUGAUACAUCAGCCUAUUAUUUAUCAACUGAAAGAAGUUGCACACCAGAGAGAAGCUCCAUUGAUCGUGCAAAAUGUCCCUUUUUCUGCACAAAAUUGACAAAUCGUACAGUGGCGGAUGGCUCACGAUUGAGAUUAACUUGUACUGUGAUCGGUCAACCAGAUCCCGAUGUUCAUUGGACCAAGAAUGGAGAAAAACUACGUCCCGGUAGUCGGGAGCGGAUUAAAUUGGAAAAUGGAUUGGCAACAUUGGAGAUCAAUUCAGUUCUUCCGGAAGAUUCUGGAUGUUAUGUUUGUGUUGCGAAAAAUUCUCAUGGCCAAUCAAGCAGUGAGGCUUGCGUUAGGGUUUACGCUGCAUUUGAAGCUAUACCAUUGCCACCAACUUUUACAAGUUCCAUAAAAGAUACUUAUAGAUUCGCGGAUCAUGAGUUGAUUCUGGAAUGUAGAGUUCGAGGACAGCCAACACCGACAGUGACUUGGUUAAAGGAUGAUAUUGUCCUGCGAGGAAGUCGUUACAGUCAAAGUUUCGUUGGUGAUGGUAUUUGUCGAUUGAAAAUUGCAAAUCCAGAUUCGUCAGAUAGUGGUGAAUAUGUAUGUCGUGCUGAUAAUGACGUGCGAACUGAUCAAAUUCGUCAUGUUGUUCAUUUUGAAGGUCAUGAGCAGCGUUUCACGAGUGCAAGGGAACGAAUUUUGUUUGAUGAUAGAAAUCGAACGCCUUGUAGAGAGAUAGCACGACGUCCACGUUUCUCUAAUUAUCUUUUGGAUCACAGUGUUCCUGUUGGUGGUACCAUAGCCUUACAGGUUGAAGUUGGAGGAACACCAGCACCAAAUGUAACGUGGUUACGUCGUGAUAAUGAAAGAAGAGAACGAAUUUUAAGUUCAAAAUUUCGUACAUUUAAUGAAUCAGGAGUUCAUACGCUGAUUUUACCAGAAGCAUCGGAAUCUGAAGCUGGUACAUAUAUUUGUAGAGCAUCAAAUGCGUUUGGUCAAACGGACACAAUUGCAAAUGUUGAAGUUCUCGGUCCUACGAAAUUUGACGCUAAUGGAAAACCAGCAAUGUUUAUUUCUAGACCUGCUGAGAAAACAAUUUCCGCUGUUGUCGGUGAAGAUGUUUCUGUUUCAUUUAGAGUGGCUGGAGUUCCAAAACCACGUGUUACGUGGAUGAAGGGAAUCCGUGACAUCACCAAUGGACCAAGAUCAUGUAAAGAUAAUAUCGAUGAUUAUGUUCGAAUUACGCUUAGUAGAAUUAAUCCAUCAGAUGAAGGUACUUAUUGUAUUUUGGCGAAAAAUCGUUACGGAUGUGAUAGAGCAUUUUUUUCAAUAAAGGUGAAACAAAGAGCAAGAUCAUUGACGCCAACGAUAUUAGGUGACACUGGAAAUCUUCUCCAAGAACAUGAAAAUGAAGAAACUCCUUUGUUUAUAAAAGAUUUUCCAGGACCAAUCAGCAGUGAACCGAUUCUUCUGGACAGUGGUAGAAAUUGGUUAUCAUUGAGUUGGGGUAAAGCGGAACAAAAAGGUCCAGCUCCAAUUGUUGGUUAUAAAAUUGAAGCCUGGUUACUUGGAGGAGAAGGUGGUGCAAGAUGGAUGACGUUGGGUGAAAGUCCUAUAAAUUCAUUUGAUGCUUUUAAUCUUCGAUCUGGUGGUGAAUACAAAUUUCGUAUAACACCCAGAAAUCGUUAUGGAUGGGGUGAAUCUUUAGUAUCCAAAGAAAUCUAUACUAUCAGUGAUAAUGUUGAAAUUCCGGAAUUUGUCAAAAUACUCCCUGGACAAAUUAAAGCUCUAGAAGGUUCAACCGUAAAAUUGGAAUGUGAGGUUCGAGGGGACUCGAAAAUUGAUUGGUAUCGAGAAAAUAAUGGAAUUAAUCCUAAUGACGAUCCACGAUGUACAAUUAUUCACAGUGGUACCAAGUAUUCGUUAAUUAUAAGCAAAAUAAAAGAGACUGAUUCCGGAAGAUAUAUUUGUAAAGCUUCAAAUAAGGCAGGAAAAGUUUCGACCUUUGCUCGAGUGAUAAUUGUCAAUGAUGAAAAAAUUUUAAAAGCCGAUGAAAAAUUAAAAAGCAGGUAUUUUGAUGGAGCUACUGUGGAAAGUCCUCCGCAAUUUGCAAUGAGAUUACGAGAUAGAAGAGUUCAGACAAGUUAUCCAUUUAGAUUAACAUGUCAAGUUUUAGGAUAUCCUGAACCGCAGGUGACUUGGUUCAAAAAUGGCAAAGAAAUACGUGAAGAUGGAUUUCAUGCAUUUUGGAAUGAGUCACAUUUUCAUACUUUGGAAAUUUCUUCAUCAUCAGUGGAAGAUUCAGGUUGUUAUAUGGCGACAGCAAAAAAUUUAUAUGGAUCUGUCUCGUGUCGUUGUAUGAUUGUCGUUGAUAAAGGAAUUCGCGCGUACAUUGCUCCAGAAUUUACGUGCGGAUUGGAUGCUGCUUAUACACUUAAGCCAGGUGAAGAAUUGCGAAUGUCUGCUCAGAUAGAAGCUUAUCCAAGUGUUGGAGUCGUUUGGCAUAGAGAUGGAGUUCGUCUUCGACCGAGUAGAAGAGCUGUAAUGACGCUGAAUCAUGAUGGAGGUGUUGAAUUAUGUUUGGGAAAUAUCACUAGUAGAGAUGCAGGAAUUUAUAGUUGUACAGCAAUCAAUGAAAUUGGAAGAGCAGAGACUUCAACUAGGGUCACUGUGGAUGCAGAUUUGUUGCAUGAAUCAUCAGCAAUGAUGGAAUCCAAUCCGGAAGUUCCGUAUUCACAGAAGCCUCUUUUUGUUACGAAACCACUUUCAACUGAUGCUGUGGAAGGAGAUACGAUCAUCAUAAUGUGCGAGGUCGUUGGCGAUCCUAAGCCAGAGGUCAUGUGGCUUCGUGAUUUUUUGAAGCCCGAUUAUUAUAGAGACGCAACACAUUUUCGAAGAAUUGGAGCAGGUCCUCAAUAUCGACUUGAAAUUCCAUUUGCGAAACUUGAUUUCACUGGGACUUAUUCUGUUAUCGCGAAAAAUUGUCAUGGUGAAGCAAAAGCUAUAAUAUCAUUACAAAUCUACGCUAAAGGACAAGGCAAAGGUGACAGAAUGGAUCAUCAGUCAUCAAUUCGAGAGGGAAAAAUUUUAAGUCUGCCAAUUAUAAGGAAGGAAUUGCGUGAUAUUCAAUGUUGUGAUGGAGACGCUGUUACUUUAGAAUGCAAAUUUUAUGCCCCUUCAGAAACACCAAUUAUUCGUUGGGAAAAAGAUGGCAAGACAUUGUCUUUAACCGGAGAUUUCUCUGCUGAUUUUGAUGGUGAAACUGCAAAACUCAGUAUUCAACAUGUGUAUCAAGAAGACGAGGGAGAAUACACUUGUACUGCAUCCAAUCAAUUGGGAAAAGCUUUCACAUCUGCGUGUCUCAUUGUCGACGUACCCGAGGGUAAGGAGAAUGUAUUAAGUCAACCACGCCUUACAAAGCCCAUGGGACUAUUAUCAGCAGGGUCGACUCCUAGAUCAACUCCAAGAUCGACGCCUGUUCGCAGUCUCUCACCGGCAGGUGCCCAUGGUCGUGAAUUGAGAGCAAUAAAUCUUCCUAGACGAGUGGAAGCUGGUGUCAAUAUGAGAAAGAAGCCAAAAGUGGCACCUCCUAAAUUUUACACGGUCCCCCAUAAUCGAGUGGCCGAGGAAGGUGAAACAAUAAGAUUUCAAUGUGCAAUCACUGGUCAUCCAAUGCCUUGGGUGAUUUGGGAUAAAAAUGGAGUUCCCAUUACUCAAACGCCAAGAAUAGUAAUUAAGGAGAAGGAUGACUUACGAGUAUUGGAAAUUUCCCAAGUAACAUCAGAGGAUGCUGGACUUUAUAGAGUAACCCUUGAGAAUGAUGUUGGUCGCACUGAAGCAUCAGCUCGUCUUGAAAUAAUCAAUCGACAUAGUGCAGUUCCACGUCCAAUUCGAACUAGAAGUGCAUCGCCUAGAACUUAUCCAACAUUUACCAGAAGUCUUCUUGGUUGUGCAACGAGAGUUAAUGAUUCAUUUCAAUUGCAAUGCGACAUCAGGAGUUCCCCAAGUCCCACUCCUUCUUGGUACAGAAAUGGAAAACGAAUAGAACGUUCGAGUAGAAUUAGAAAACAUUUCGAUGGUCGAACUGCUAGAAUAGAUAUUCUUGAAGUGAAAAAAAGCGAUUCUGGUGAAUACGUUUGUGAGGCCUAUAAUUUUCUAGGAUCAACAAGAAGCAGUUGUCAGGUAAUCGUAUUUGAUUCUGAAGAUGUUUCGACUUUGGACAAAGAGGCUCCUAAAUUUCUACAAACACUUUCAAAAGAAUCGAUAGUAAUGGAAGGACAUUCAUAUGAAUUACAGACAAGAAUCACAGGUACUCCUCCAUUUGAAAUCAAGUGGCUAAAGGACAAGAAGGAAGUAUGUGACACUGAUUGCUAUCGUUAUGUUGUCUAUGAAGAUGGAGGUGUGGCUCUUCGUUUGGCAAACGUCAAUUCUUUCGAUGCUGGAGAAUACACUUGCCUCGUUCGAAAUGCAUUUGGAUCAUCGUCUUGCAAUGGUUUAUUUGCAGUUCAAGACUAUAAUGGUGGUUCGAAAGCUGCAUUUUGGUUCACAAAAACUCCAGUGCCAGUUUUAGCUUCUAAGGGAGAAAUUGUUUCAUUUUGUGCAAGAAUUCAGAGUCGAAGAUCCAUUGAAAUUGAAUGGACAGUCAAUGGAAUAAGUGCUAGGGAAAAUCACAGAUGCAAAGUUGAAAAAGAUGGGCCAACGACAAUUUUAAGGAUAAAUUCUGUGACAUAUCGAGAUUGUGGGGAAAUUCGAUGCACAGCAUCCGUGACUGGAGGUCGAGGUCCAUCGAUAAGUUGUGCCACUGAUCUUCGUUUCUUCAGACUCCCAAGAUCAGGAGAUAGAUCUCCAUCGCCUGUAAAAAUGUUUCUAUCUCCAUUAUUAACCAGACGUUCGACACGUGUCUCUCCAAGUUCCUAUCGUCAUGAAAAUAAAGAGAAUUUAAAUAGAAUAACGUCAAAUUUUGAAAAUAGCGAAAAUUCAUUAACAAAAAAAUCUCCAAUUAAUUUGAAGGUAGAAAUUAAGAAUCAGAAAAAGACUGAAAAAGAAGAAAAAUUAUGUCGUAAUAAUGUCAAGAGAAUGAGAAAAAAGGAGAGGAAAGUUGAAAACGAAGAAAAAAAGAGGCUAAUAAAUGAAGUAAUUAAAGGAGAUAAAAAAGAAAUGAAAGUAAAAAGAAAUGGUAUACAAAAAGAAGAAACAAAAUGGGAAGUGGUAGGAGAAGAAGAAAACGAGUUAAAAAAAGAUAAACAAUUAACAAAAGAAGAAAUAAAAAUUCAAAAAUAUUUACAAAAAUUUGGAGAUGAUGGAGAAAAAGAAGUGAAGAUAGAAAAAGAUGAAAAUAAAGAAGAAAUAAGUUUAGAAAAAAUUGAAAAUAAGUUUGAAUUAAAAAAAGAGGGGAAAAUAAUAGAAGAUAGUAAAAAAGAACAGGAAGAUAGAAAGAAAAAUAAAGAUGUAAAUAAAUGCAAAAAUACAAGAAUAAAAAAGGAAAAUUUUUUGGAAACUAUUCGGAAAAAUGAGAUCGUGAAACCGGCCAACGAACAAGUAAUGCCGGAAAUCUUAGAUACGAAGAGAUUCUUCCCCACCCACGAGUCAGUGAAUGGUGAAGAGUUGGAAUUUUUGGAAGCAUACGAGCAUGACGAACCGGCAAUAGUGUUAAAAGAUCCAUUGGACGUAAUAGCUCUCAGAGGUUCCACAGCAAUUCUCAGUGUGUCUUAUCGAGGUCAACCGGAGCCAACAGUCAGAUGGCUUCAAGCUGGUCGAGUUUUGGUUCCAAGCGAGAGAAUUCAAAUCGAAACCGGAAGUGGCAAAUCGAGACUCACAUUGGAAAAAAUAACAGCGGAUCAAGCUGGAAAAUAUGCGGUUUUCGUUGAAAAUUCAUUAGGAAGCGAUUGCAGAUAUUCGAGUCUUGCCGUAGAAGGACCACCGGAAUCACCAUCAGGUGUGCCAAUUGUAAGUGGAUGCAAUGUGGGAAAUGAAAUUCCAGGUGUCAAUGUAGCGUGGUGUUCUCCGUCAUAUGACGGUGGAUGUGCACUCACUGGCUAUGCAAUUGAAAUGCGACAUAUUGAUGAAGAAAAUUGGACUCUUGUUUCAGAAACAUAUCAUUCACUUAAUCAUACAAUUGCUGGUCUCAUACCAGAUGAGACAUAUCUAUUUCGCGUUAGAGCAAUAAAUAUUCACGGAGCAAGUGAACCGAGCUUUGAAUCCGUUCCUUUUACAGUUCGACGGGAAAUUGAAAACGAGAAGGAAAUGAAGGAUCAAAUGUCGGAUAAGGAAAUCGAAGAAGAAAGCUUUUGCGAGAAGAACAUGGAGAAGACGAUAGUGACUACCGAGGAUGGAAAAAUUUUCCCUGAUAGAUACGAAGUGAUGGAAGAAUUGGGAAAAGGUCGAUAUGGAAUUGUAAAAAGAGUUGUGGAAAAAUCAACAGGACGUGAAUUUGCAUCGAAAUUUGUCAAGACAAUAAAAGCGACGGAUAAAAAAUUAGUGCGUGAAGAAAUAAAUAUUAUGAAUCUACUUAAACAUCCAAAACUUCUUCGUCUUUCCGCAGCUUUCGAGAGUCCCAGGGAAAUUAUAAUGAUCACAGAAUACAUAUCAGGUGGUGAGCUUUUUGAAAGAGUUGUUGCCGAUGAUUUUACAUUAACUGAAAAAGACAGCAUUCUUUUUAUGAGACAAAUUUGCGAGGGCGUUAAAUACAUGCAUAAAAAUAAUGUCGUUCAUUUGGAUCUCAAACCAGAGAAUAUAAUGUGCAGAACACGAACGUCCCAUAGCAUAAAGCUGAUUGAUUUUGGCUUGGCACAAAUUUUAAAACCAAAUGUUCCCAUUCGAGUGCUUUUUGGAACACCUGAAUUUAUUCCACCUGAGAUUAUUAGCUAUGAGCCUAUUGGCACUGAAUCCGACAUGUGGAGUAUGGGAAUAAUUUGUUAUGUUUUAUUAAGUGGACUCUCUCCGUUCAUGGGUAACAAUGAUACGGAAACAUUUGCAAAUAUUACACGAGCUGAAUAUGAUUUUGAUGAUGAAGCAUUUGAUGCCAUUUCGCAGGAUGCCAAAGAUUUCAUUGGCUGUUUAUUGAUUAAGAGAAAAGAAUCUCGAAUGUCGGCUAAAGAAUGUUUGGAACAUUCGUGGUUGGCGCAGCACACGGAAAAUAUGAGUCAAGUUGCUUUGUCGACGGAAAAAUUGAAGAAAUUCCUUGUCCGAAGAAAAUGGCAGAAAACAGGAAAUGCACUUCGAGCUCUUGGCCGGAUGUCCAAAUCUGCAAAUAGUAGACGAAGUCCUUCGCAAUCAUCGGGAUCAUCAUCACCCGUUUUGAAAGAAUCAUUAUCCUUUGAGAGUAAUUCUUCGGAUAAACAAAAUACGAGUACUCGUGAAAAUUCGUUUGAAGAUAAUUUCGAUAUUGUUGACAAUAAAGAUUCUCUUCGAAAAGAAGAGAUGCAAGGAGAGGAAAAAAUACUAGAAACGAUUGAAAUUUCUUCUUUUGUUGCUAAAUCAACAGAAGAGGCAAUAGAAGAAGUUUCUUCCCUUCCCACUGAAGAAGAAGAAGUUUUUUCACCUCUUGCUGAAUCAAUAGAAAAUGUUUCUUUGAUUCUCGAAUCUAAUUAUGAAAAUAUUUCUAAUACUUCUUCAAAUAAUGAAGAAAUUAUUGAACCCAAAUAUAAAGAAAUUUUACCCGAAGAAUUUCAUCAGAAUAUUUUAGAUAAUACGUCAAGAAUUGAUGAAGUUAUUGAAGAAAAUUCAGAAUUUCAUGAAUCAAAGUCUGAAGAAGAGGAAGAAGAAAAAAUUCAGGAGCUUGAUUCUGAAAAUAAUUUGGAUAUUAAGGAAAUUAUAGAAGAAAAUUAUUCUAAAUUAUCUGAAGAAAUUGUACCUGAAGAAAAUGAGAAAAUAGAACUUGAAGAAAAUGAAGCUAUUAAAUCUCAAUUAAAAGAAGCUAACAAUGAAAAGCAGAAAUAUCAAGUCAGAUUUUCCAUUGAUGUAAAAUCUGAUGAGACAGACUGUGUUUCGAAUUUUAAUUUUGAUCAAUUGAAGAGUACAAAGAAGACUGAUGAUAAUCAAAAUAAAAUCGAUAAACAGGAAAUUGAGAAAAAUAAAUUUUACAGAAAUAAUGACAUUAAAAAUGGAGUAUGUACAACUGUGUGUGAUCUUAAUACUUUGCACGAAGACGAUAGUGGUGAGAACACACGGGUAAUUAAAACCAGUCAAGGUCGACACUAUCUUCACACGGGGAAUGUGAGUCGAACAGCAAAAAUUUUCGAAAAGAAGGGAACAGAAUCACAUGCCGGAAGUUCAGUGAAGGAGAACCCUACACGGCCAUUAUCACGAACACAUACUCAACGUGAAAGAAUACAAAAAGCAUUUGACUUUUGGAACAAGUAAAAAUACGUGAAAAAAGAAAUAUCCUAUAUUACAACACAAUAAAGUAAGGAAAAUUAUUUUUUUUUUUUUUGUAAAAUUUACAACAAGAAAAAAAAAACAAAAAUUAUAUCUGAAUAUAGGCAAUAAUUUUUUAUACAACAACUUUUACUGUACAAAUUUUAUGAAUUAGAAUUUUUAAUCUAUACAAUCUAUAUUUGACGAUAUAAUAAAACUUUGUUUUUUAUUUUGACGAUAUUAUGAGAUAUUUUACAGAAUUUUGAAAAUUUUGAUUCUCGCGAAAGAAAAUCUGCAAUUUUAACGAAUUUUUUUUUUAUUACGACUUACAAUGAUUAGAUAAUAAUAUUUAGUAGUUAUUUAAGUGAAACUCGUACCUCGAUUACAGUAUAUUUAUUCGCCGAUUAAUUAAGUGCAUGAUCGUUAUUAUUCGAAAUAAAUUUCUCGUUCCUGUUAUAAAGUCUUUUAUUUAUAUUUUAUAGUUGUGUUUUCUUAAAAAAAAACUGUAUGCAAUUUUAUUCUUAUUUGCUAAAGGUAAGCUUCCUGUUCUUCUUCUUCUUCUUUUAAAAUAUAUAUUUUAAAUAAUAUUUAUUAUUUAUAUAUAAAUUGAAAUUUUUUUUCCACAAAGAUAUUCUUCGGUUUGUUGGCAAUUUCGUUUUCAAAUAUAGAAUAUCGUUAAGGAAAAUAUAAAAGAAUAUAAAUUUGAAUAAUUUGCACCAAUUUCUUGCUUUGUCUUGGAACAAGAAGAAGAAGAAGAAGAAAUGUAGUCUAAUUCCUAGACAGAGUAAUUCUACUGUAAUUUUCUUUUCUUACCUUUUACUUCUGCCUUUUCCUUAAGCAUUGCCUUGUAUACACGUUCUUCCAUGGUCAAUCACCUUGAAGUGUACCUGGAAGAUACAAGUUUUUGCAUUACACUUUAACAUUUAAAAGGACUCUGUAAAAAUUUUAUACGAUUUUAAUUCAUAUGAAUUAUAAUAAACUAAAAUUAAUAUUAA